CCGGACCUGUUCAUAAUAUCAUGGUUUAGCGUUACCGGCCUAUAACCUCUUUCAAUCGUUUCUAUUUUGAGUGAUAAUUAUAAAUAUUGCAUUAAAAAUGUUUGUUAAAAUUCCAAAUAACUCAGAAUUAACAGAUGCAGAGGCGGAAUUAUAUGACCGUCAAAUUCGUCUUUGGGGUCUUGAAUCACAAAAGCGCUUGCGUGCUGCAAAAAUUCUAUUAAUUGGAUUAAAUGGUUUUGGUGCUGAAGUAGCAAAGAAUAUAAUACUUGCUGGUAUAAAAUCUAUAACAUUUUUGGAUCAUAGAUCUGUUACUCAGAUAGAUAGAUGUUCCCAAUUUCUAUUGUCUGUAGAUCAAAUUGGAGAAAAUAGAGCUGAGGCAUCAUUACAAAGAGCACAGAACUUAAAUCCAAUGGUAUUAGUUAGUGCAGAUACAAGUAAAGUUGAUGAUAAGCCUGAUGAGUUCUUCGAGGAUUUCGAUGUAAUAUGUGCUUCGGAAUGCAGUGUGACUCAAAUUAAACGUUUGAAUAAAAUCUCGAGAAAACAAAAUAUUAAGUUCUUUGUUGGAGAUGUUUGGGGCAUGUUUGGUUACACAUUCGCUGAUUUAGGAACACACGAAUUCGUUGAAGAUAUUGUGCAGAUGAAAAAAGUACACGUACCAGAAGGUGGUGAUACUAGUAUUAAAGACAAAUUUGAAAGUGUAACGACAACUGUAAAAAGAGUGGUAACUUAUGUACCAUUUGAAAAGAUUUUAAAUAUCAAAAAAUUGUCAAAAGAUGAUAAAGUUUACUAUUUAAUGCAAAUAUUAUUGAAUUAUCGUGAAAAAUAUGGUAACGAUCCUAUUUCGCGUCAGACAUCUUUGAAGGGCCUUAAAGAAGAAUAUGAAGCAGUUAUUGAAACAUAUGAACUUGGCGACACUUUAAAAUCAUUGUUAGAAGGAAAUUUGUAUGCACAAAUAAGUCCAGUGUGUGCAAUCCUUGGAGGUGUUAUGGGACAGGAAAUAAUUAAGGCUGUCUCUCAGAAAGAAAGUCCUCAUGAUAAUUUAUUUUUAUUUAAUCCUGAUACUAUGUGUGGAAAAAUUUUGAACCUUGGACGAUAAUGUAGUUUCAGGAUUUCAUCAGUUUCUCUUACUUUUUUGUAAUAAAGUGAAAAUUAAUUUUUAAGUAAUAGUUUAUUUUUGUCAGACUUUGUUUCAUUGUGAAAAAUCUUGCUUUGUACUUUAGGACAAUUUUAUGUAAAAUUUAAUGAUUUCUAAUAAAUCCUAUUCUGUACUUUUUAAUA